AUGUCGCUCCGAAUCAACAUUCCUCCUGCUACCCGCUUCUGUCUCGUCAGCCUCCUCACUCUCUCCCUCCUCUACAACAUUGCCAGAUGGCGACAGAUUGACACCACUGGCGGGACCCCGACGACCUCUCCUCUCGUCCCCUACCUGACUCUGGUCCCUUCUUAUUUCUUCUACUACCCAUGGACAAUCGUCACAGCUACCUUCGUUGAACAAAACAUAUUCACCGUCCUCUUGAACGCCGCCACCAUCUUCUAUGGCGGCAAAUACCUCGAACGCGCAUGGGGCUCGCGCGAGUUCAGCAAGUUCAUCGCUGUCAUCGCCGUGAUCCCCUGCAUAGCAAUCAUCCCAAUCUACCUGAUCUGGGGAGCCCUCGGAGGUUCUUCAACCAGAACACUCACCCAAAUCUGCGGCGGCGUCUCAAUCCAAGCCUCCUUCCUCGUUGCCUUCAAACAACUCGUCCCAGAACACACCGUAACAGUCUUCAAAGGCCUGAUCAAAAUGCGCGUUAAGCAUUUCCCCGCCCUCUUCCUCCUCCUAAACACCCUCAGCGGCCUCCUCCUCGGCACCGACACAGCAUCCGUCCUCUCCUGGCUCGGCAUACUCACCAGCUGGACCUACCUCCGCUUCUACAAGCGCCAGCCCGAUCUAACCGGCACCUCGAACACCGGCACCGGGAUCAAAGGCGACGCCAGCGAAACCUUCGCCUUCGCCUGUCUAUUCCCCGACGUGAUGCAGCCGCCCAUCGCCUUCGUCGCGGAUCAGAUCUACGGCCUGCUGGUUGCAACUAAGAUCCUGACACCGUUCUCCGAGGACGAUAUCGCGUCCGGCAAUGAGCAGGUACUAGCGAGAGGCGAGGCGGGGUUGCCGACGUUGUUGAAUAGUCGUGGGGCGGGCGCGAGGGGCGCUGCGAAGCGCGAGGAGGCUGAGCGGAGACGGGCGAUUGCGCUCAAGGCGUUGGAUCGGAGGUUGCAGGCUUCUACGAUUGCGCGUCCGCAGGGUCAGGCCGCUGGGUUGGGGGAGCCUAGCUCGUCGCAAGUGAGACCGGUUGAGUCGACGGCUGCGCCUGGGCAGAGUAUGCUUGGUGAGACUAGUUAUAACCCUGACCCUGCAUGA